AUGGCGAAACAUUGGCUCCUUUUGACCCUCGCCCUGGGUUGGUCCAGCGCGAUGAGCUUCGCAGGGUUGGGAUCUUUCCACGACCAUGCGCUCGCGAACCCACUAUUGUACGGAAGGGCUGUACCGCCUCCACUCUGCAACUCGACUGAGAUUAGCACGAUGAACAUGGGGUCAUGCGUCUGUCGUGAACAGCAGUUCGGCUGCUCUUCUCCUCCGAUGAACUGCUCGGUCUGUCCGAACAGCAAGGGAGAAUUUCUCACGGCCUUCAAGAACGUCACGACGUGCCUAGGAGGAUGCACCGACAGGGAGGCGAGCUGCCAAGGAUGCGGCCUAUGGUUCCAUAGUCUGUGUGACUGCUUGAAAAAUCCGCAAUGGUGCAACAAAACCAGCGGCCCCAUCAAGAAAGACACUGGUCCCAUCUGGGUCCUCCUCUCGCAACCAGGGGCAAAGGAGAAUCUCACCACGACCAACGAGCGCGUUUCCGGAAUCCUCGACACGUACGAGAAGCCCAAGUUUUUCGAUGAAGGCUGGGAAUUCUCGCAGUCCUGCUACAAGCCCCAGGAGCAAGCGUUGGCCAUGAACUCCGUCCGCGUGAGGACUCACGAGCAGAUCCACACCCACAUCUGCAAGCGCAACGACGCCAUGUACAACUUCCUCGGUGCGGAAAAUCCCAACCACUACAACUCGGAGGAUCUAACCCUCGUCUCAAACUAUCCAAACAAUGACGGGAAAGGCACCGACAUACUAUGCUUGGUGGUGAAGAAUGGCGAUCCCGUGAAAAACUUUGCGAGCGCCUUGGGCCAACUGUUUGCAAAAUAUCCAAACACUUGCCAACAGCGAAUUGGACAAGCCAUUCUACAGGACAAAUACAAGAAUACUUGGGCAUGCGCAACUAACACUACUAAUGGACCGCUGGGAUUGUUUUGCGGUAAAUAG